AUGAGUAAAGUGCCAGAGAGAGCGACCGUCGUGGUAAUUGGCGGGGGGCCAGGAGGGAGCUAUUCGGCUACGUUACUUGCGCGUGAGGGAGUCGACGUUGUCCUCCUCGAAGCGGUUAAGCAUCCUAGGGAACAUGUCGGUGAAAGUAUGCUGCCGUCCAUGAGGCACUAUCUAAGAUUCAUUGACCUGGAAGACGAAUUCGACGCUCGAGGAUUCAUGCACAAGCCUGGGGCAGCGUUCAAGUUUGUGCACGGUAUGGGAGAAUGCUAUACGGAUUUCUCCAUUCUUGGCCCAAGCAGGACGACUUGGAACGUUGUGGGUAGUCUGUAUUCUAAUAAUGGUCUUGUCUCACACUUCAUUGCUGUUGGAGUCAAAGUUUAUGAGGAGACUCGCGUGGAGUCGAUCGGGUUUGAAAGCGAUAGAGAUCCAUCUACCGCACGUCCAAUUUUGAUCAACUGGAAGAAUAAAGCCGGAGAUAGUGGCGUGAUCAAGUUUGAUUGGCUUAUUGAUGCAUCUGGACGCCAGGGGAUUAUGUCUACCAGAUAUUUGAAGAACAGGAUCUAUCGUGAAGGCUUGCGAAAUGUUGCUGCAUACGGGUAUUGGAAGGAUGUGUCGGUUUUCGAUCGAGGGGGUCCUCGAUCGAACGCACCUUGGUUCGAGUGCCUCACAGACAAGCAAGGCUGGGCUUGGUUGAUACCUCUCCAUGACGGGACAACGUCUAUUGGUUUGGUAAUGCACCAAGAUAAUUCGAACAGAAAGAAGUCCGAGAAUGCAGGGGGGCUUGAAGAGCAUUAUCUUGAACAACUCAAGCUGGCCCCCGGGGUGCAAGGUUUAAUUGGAGAGAGGGGAUCCUACGUUAAGAGCAGUGUGAAGAGUACUGCCGACUAUAGCUAUCAUGCAGGCUGCUACUCCGGCGAUCACUUUCGUCUCGUUGGGGAUGCUGCUGCUUUUGUUGACCCUCUCUUCUCUUCCGGAGUUCACGUUGCGAUGACUGGAGCCCUAUCCGCUGCCAGUACUAUCCUUGGUUCGAUGAAGGGUCAAGUCACGGAGAUAGAAGGGCAGAACUGGCACGACGCGAAGAUCGGCAUAUGCCAAACACGUUUCCUCAUGAUAGUUCUCAGUGCCUAUCGGCAGAUGCAACAUCAAGGGAACGAGGCUGUUCUCGAAGAUAUGAACGCUGACAAUUUUGAGGCCGCUUUUGCUCUUUUCAGGCCAAUCUACCAGGGAGAACAUGACACUUCCGUAAAGCUGACGAACGAUUCAUUCUCGAAAAUGAUCGAUUUCACUAGGAACCUCUUCACCCCAACUACGCAUCAGCAAUACGCCGAAGUGAACAAACGUGUUGGUGGCCUGUUAGAUUUAUCAGGUCCUGUUAUGGGCCCGGAUGAUCUGGACAAGGUGCUUGAUACCGAAGACAGUGAUGCUAAAGCGGUCUUGAAGAGGAUCAACUCGCUCAAGAUCUUGAGGAACGACACUAGUCCCGAGAGCUUUACGUCAGAUGCGGUGAAUGGUUAUGUAGUACGGCUGGAAAGGGGCCACCUCGGGUUAGUGAAGACGUGA